CGACGGCAUUGCUUCGACCUGCGGCUGGAACGAGAAUUGCCAGUGCGAUUGCCCAGCGCCGGUCGUGGACAUGAUGUGCAUGCAGGUUUUUGUUGGAUUUUGCUACGCCCCCCUGCCGAAGAGCGACUACAUUGCCCUGAAAUGUGGCUUCAAUGAGAUCUGCCAGUGCGUUAUCCCCCCGGUGGCCGCGGACCUGGUGUACACGCAGGUUGCCGCUGAAUUGUGCUAUACCGUCCUGCCCAGGAGCGACGGCACUGCCGUGACAUGCGGCCUGGAUGAGAUUUGCCAGUCCGAUAUUCCCGCGCGAGUCGCUGACCUCAUGGUCACGCAGGCUGCUGCUGGAUUUUGCUAUACCGUUCUGCCCAGGAGCGAUGGCAUUGCCGUGACAUGCGGCUUCAAUGAGAACUGCCAGCGCGUUAUCCCCGCGCUGGCCGCGGACCUGGUGUACACUCAGGUUGCCGCUGCGUUUUGGUAUACCUAUGUGCCCACAUGCGACGGCAGUGUCGUGACAUGCGGCUUCAAUGAGAAUUGCCAGUGCGUCAUCCCUGCGGUGUUCGCGGACUUGUUGUGCAUGCAGGUUGCCAGUAGAUUUUGCCGCACCGUCCUGCCCAGGAGCAGCGGCACUUCCGUGACAUGCGGUUGGAACGAGAACUGCCAGUGCCAUCGCCCAGCGCAGGCCGCGGACUUGGUGAACGCGCAGAACCUGGUGGCCACGCAGGUUGCCGGUGGAUUUUGCUAUGCCGCCCCGCCUUGGAGCGACGGCGCCGCCGAGACACGCGGUUUGGAUGAGGGUGGUGAGUUCGAUAUCCCCGCGCUGGUUGCGGACCUGACGGUCGCGCAGGUUGCCUCUGGAUCUUGCUAUGCAGUCCUGCCCAGGAGCGACGGUCUUGCUGCGACAUGUGGCGCGAGUGAGAACCGCGAGUGCUCUCGUCCAGCGCUGGCCGCGGACCUGGUGCACGCGCAGGCUUCCGCUGGAUUUUGCCGCGCCGUCCUGCCCCGAUGCGACGGCACUGCCGUGACAUGCGGCUUCAAUGAGAACUGCCAGUGCGCGAUCCCUGCGCUGGUCUCGGACUUCAUGCGCAUGCAGAUUGCCGCUGGAUUUUGCUACACUCUCCUGCUCAGGAGCGACGGCGCUGCCGCGUCGCGCGGUUGGAACGAGAAUUUCCAGUGCGAUUGCUCAGCGCUGGCCGCGGACUUGGUGAAUGCGCUGAAUUUGAUGCACGCGCAGGUUGCCGCCGGAUUAUGCUAUACCGUUCUGCCGAGGAGCGAUGGCAUUGACUUGCCAUGUUUGUUGGAAGAGAACUGCCGGUGUGUUAUCUCCGCGCUGGUCGCGGACUUCACGAUCGCGCAGGUUGCCGCUGAAUUGUGCUACACCGUCCUGCCCUUGAGCGACGGCAUUGCCAU